GUCUGCUUGCAAGUUGCAUCCACCCAGCGCCAAGAAAAGCCAGCCUUCUUCCCACAAACGCACACCCAGACGCAUUAUUCCCUUCCCCUCUCCUCCCUUGGGAAACCUUUUGAGCUUUCUUCUUCCAGCUCCCUGGCCAGAUCUCGUCCUUACCUUCUUUGGCACGUUCGGCGCCAUCGCCUUCCUGGCCGACCGGAGAUCCCGCCGCCGCGUCCUUCCUGUCUCUUUGAGGAUCAUCUCAGUAUCCGUUUCCAGCGUGUGAGGGGAGGGAAAGCUAAGGUUGAUUAAGAUCGAGAGAGAUGGGGAGGGGAAAGAUUGUGAUCCGCAGGAUCGACAACUCCACGAGCAGGCAGGUGACCUUCUCCAAGCGCCGGAACGGGAUCUUCAAGAAGGCUAAGGAGCUCUCUAUCCUCUGUGAUGCCGAGGUCGGCCUCAUGAUUUUCUCCAGCACCGGCCGCCUCUACGAGUACUCUAGCACCAGCAUGAAAUCAGUGAUAGAUCGGUAUGGCAAGGCCAAGGAAGAGCAGCAGGUUGUCGCAAAUCCCAACUCAGAGCUUAAGUUUUGGCAAAGGGAGGCAGCAAGCUUGAGACAACAACUGCACAACUUGCAAGAAAAUCAUAGGCAGUUGAUGGGAGAGGAUCUUUCUGGGCUUAAUGUUAAGGAACUGCAGUCCCUAGAGAAUCAGUUGGAAACAAGCCUGCGUGGAGUCCGCGCAAAGAAGGACCAUCUCUUGAUUGAUGAAAUUCACGAAUUGAAUCGGAAGGCUAGUUUAUUUCAUCAAGAAAACAUGGACUUGUACAAUAAGAUCAACCAGAUUCGUCAAGAAAAUUCCGAGUUAUAUAAGAAGAUCUAUCAGACCGAAGGACCAAGUGAAGUUAAUCAGGAAUCACCGACUCCAUACAACUUUGCAGUAGUAGAAAACACAGAUGUUCCUGUGCAACUUGGACUCAGCACACUGCCACAACAGAACAGCAUCGAGCCGUCGACUGCUCCAAAGCUCGGAUUGCAGUUAAAUCCAUGAAACAGAGUCAAAUCACUAUUCCUAUUAUGCUGUUGUAAAGAGAUGAUACUCAGCAAGACAAAACAAUGUAUUUAUGGCAGAGAGAUUUGAGAUAUGAAUUUGUAAAUGCACUGCAAAUAAAUUCCAGACUGGAAUUGAGCUGUGGAAUUCAGUGGAUGAUUGUUUUCUAGCUGCAUAUGAUGUUAGAUGUUCUCAUAUUAAACAAGUUGCAAGUUUUCUACUGCA